CCGCGACCCUAGUGAGGAGAAGCGGCUCAGAAAAUGGAUGGAUGGAUAGAUAGAUAGAUUACAGAAAUUAUUUCUACAUCACUUGCAAUCUUAUGGAACCAUUUUUCUUACACCGGCAGACAUCGUUGCAAUCCCCAUGGAGCAUGAUGUUUGGAGAAGACAUUGUAAUCUGCAGUGAGAGCAGGGAGGAGGUGGAAGAACGGUUAAAAAAGUGGAGGAAUGUAAAGGAGAGGAAUGAAGAUUAGCCAAAGUAAGACAAUAUACAGCAGCUGAAAUAAGUAUUUAACGUCACCAUUUUUCUCACUAAAUAUAGUGCCAAAUGUGCUAUUGACCUGAAAAUUUCACCAGAUGUUGGGAACAACCCAAGUAAUCCAUGCAUACAAAGAAGGUAGAACAGAUAAGAUCAGAAAUUAGGCUAUGUGUAAUGUGAAGUGACAACAGGGAAAAGGUAUUGAACACGCCAGCUGGUAUUUAUGUAAUACUUUGUACCUUUGGCCUUUGAUUGCCAUGACGGCUUCAAGACACCACCUCAAUGGAGAAACUAGUCACAUGCAUUGCUCUGGUGUGAUUUUGGCCCAUUCCUCCACACAAGCAGUCUUCAAAUCUUGAAGGUUCCGUGGGCUUCUUUAAUGGACCUUGAGUUUCAGUUCUUGCCAUAGAUUUUCAAUUGGAUUCAAGUCAGGUGAUUUGCUGGGCCAUUCUAGCAGCUCCUCCCCCUUUUGAAACCAAUUGAGAGUUUCCUUGGCAGUAUGUUUUGGAACAUGAUGGUGCUGAAAUGUCCACCCUCGUUUCAUUUUCAUCAUCCUCGUAGAUGGCAGCAGAUUUUUGUCAAGAAUGUCUCUGUACAUUUGCCUAUUCCUCCUUUCUUCAAUAAUGUGAAGUUUACCAGUACCAUUUACUGAAAGGAAGCCCCCCCACACCAUCAUGUUCCCACCUCUGAACUUCACUGUUGGUAUGGUGUUUUUAGGGUGAUGUGCAGUGCCAUUUCUCCUCCAAACGUGGUGCGCAUUAUGGCACCCAAAGAGUUCCAUUUUGCUCUCAUCAGACCAGACUAUAUUCUCCCAGUAUUUAACUUGGCUUGUCCAAAAGUUGUUUAGCAACCCUUAAACGAGCUUUUAUAUUCUUUUUUUUUUUCUUUCCCCAUCAUUGAGGUCUUACGUGGUCAGCAUGCAUACACGCCAUGGUGGCGGACUACAUGACUCACUGUUUUCCUUGUGACAACAGUAACUGCUAAUUCCAGGUCUUUUUGAAGCUUGGCUCUUGGACAACUCUUCUGAUUAUUCUUUGCACUCCUCUAUCAGAAAUCUUGCGAGGACCACCUGAUCGAGACACAUUUAUGGUGGUAUGAUUGGCUUUCCACUUACAGUAUAUAUUAUGACCCCAAUUGUGCUCACUGGAACGUUCAGAAGCUUAGAUAUGCGGCCUUUAACCAAUGCCAUUGUUAUGUUUUGCAACAAUUAGUUUGCGAUGGCUCUUACCCAUCAUGAGAAGUGUCUUGACCCACACCUUGGCUAUGAGACCUUUUUGUAGGCCAUCAAUUAGGACUAAACCAUCUUAUAUCCAUUUGCACUGACAAGGGACAAUGGGGAAGACAUGAGGGCAGUUGGUGUUAGAGAGGAGGAUGCAGGAAAGGAAAGGAUGACACGCUGUGGCGACCCCUAACGGGACAAGCCGUAGGGAAAAGACGACAAACAUAUCGUUGCACAAAUUUUGCACCGCCGUCGGCGCAAAUCCGCCGUGUUGACUGACUAUAUAAAGCAUUUUUUUUUUUUAAUGAGAAAUUAGUUUGGGAAUAACCGCAGUUGUGAUCGCGGCGAAACAAGACAAGUUUCAGGUGGCAAGAGGCUCGUAGAAAGUCAGGAAUGAGCAUACAGGUUAGGUUCAGAGUCAAUUACCGCGGUGACUGAGUCGGAAUUCCUCUUGCUCGCCUCUUUUGAACGGAAUGAUCCGGCUUCCCCACAUCUCAUGGUCAACUUUCUCCGGGGUUUCACGUAACCUGCUUGUUGGAAUACCCUCUGUACCCAACUGGUGAGUUGUCGUAUGGGAACAAGUCUGUAACAGAACAGUAGAUGGCGCUGUAGACAAGUUACGCAUAGAAAAGCAGGACGUACAAUAAAACACUUCCGGGUCACAAGCAUUGUACGAAUUUAAACACUGACAUUACGUGAUAUUUCUUUGCCAUUUGUAAGAAUUUUAAAACUUUGAACAUUAGAAGUUUGAAAUAAGUCGUGGAACCUUUGACGUGAGACGAACAAAACCGUGAGCUAGCGCAUUUUGCGGGACCGGCAUAAGGUCAUGGCCAACAAUGCUCUCUGUCAUGCUCAACUUUUUUUCCUCAACGCGAGCUUUUUAAAUAUAUUUAUGUCAGCGUAAAUGCAUGUUUAGAUGCGUUAUUUGUCUGAUUAUGCCCCCCUUUUGGCUUCAUAACGUUUGACAAAUUUGGCAUUUUACCAGCUCGUUGCUCAUCAUGUUCGGCCACUUUGUAAAAAACGUCCUGCCAAAGUGUGCGUUCACAUGUACGUACACUGUUUGGCAACAGACAAGAGGACGCUGCGGUCCAUCAACGGAUUUGGAUCAGGCCAGGACUUUGUUGCAACUCAUUGUGGACCGACUCUUCAUCUCGCCUGGACCCACCAAUGUGGAGCUGUUUAAGCGUGGUACCAUUUGCAGCUACGGGCCACUGGGCACCGAGCUCAGGGAGAAUGUGCUACACCAGUGGUGGCGUUCGAUGACUCUAUCCAAAGAUCAGGUGUUCGGGAUAAAUACGCCGAGCAGCAGCAGCGGCGGGAGUCGGGAUGCGGUUGGGGAACGGCGGGGGCACAUGAGGGUCGUAGAACCCGGUGACGUCCGGAAUAUACUGAACGAGACAGAGCUGAGCAGGGAGCAGCUCGUCCAGAGUGUCCACAUGUUUCUGCAGAGAUCACCUUUGUUCAGAACCAACCUCAUUCAAGGAGCUUUGCAGCAGUUCGUCCCCUUAUUUGAGUUGGUGAACAGGAAGCUCCCAUUUGGCAUUGCUGAGACUGGUCGAUGUUUCCAGCCCUCAGAGGAUGGCUCUGGCUGCCCAGCAGAAGUCACACAGGCAUCUCUUGUCUGGUUCUGCUCGCCACGAACCUCCUCGCAGUGGCUGGACCACUGGGCUCGACAGAGGCUCAAGUGGUGGAGAAAGUUCGCCCUCACUCCGUCAGACUUCAGCAGUAGUGAUGUCUCUCAGGAUGAACUAGAGGGGGCGGCAUCACGUGGUGUGAAGAUAAUCUACAAAUUCCCGUGGGGUCAGGAGCCUCUGGAGGUUCUGUGGAGCCGAGGAGACGGCGAACUGCUGCAGAUGCACCAAGGAGUCCGCUCUAAACUCCAGAGUCGAGAUGGGCGUAAGUCUAUUGCUCACAUAGUUUCAAUAACUGGGAACAUCGAUCGUGGUUUGUUGGCCUUUCUGUCCAACUCGCUGCAGGUGCAUAACAGAGAAGAUGCAAAACAGAAGCUACAUCAAAGAAAGGUUCUGAAAUUACAUCCAUUGUUGGCUCCGGUCAAAGUGGCUUUAGGUAUUGGCAGGGGAGCUACCAUGGAGCUAAGGCAGGUUUGUGAAGGCCUGUGGCAGGAGUUAAAGGAGGCCAAAAUCUCUGCUUGGCCUGGAUAUCUUGAAACAUCACCCAUGCCAAUGGAUCAGCUGAACUCCAAGUAUGAUGAAAUGGGCGUGCUUUUCACUGCCGUGAUCAGUGUAAACACGCUGGAGAGCGGCCUCCUGCAGGUGCGCAGCAGAGACACCACCAUCAAGGAGACCAUGCACGUCUCGGAACUCAACAACUUCCUCUGCAAAUAUAUUUCCGCUGCAGACAACAUGUAAGAAUAUAUGCAUGGAUGAACAUGGAUGACACACUGGAUGGAUGAACGGA